GAGAGAGCGCGAGUCGGUGACGGUUUCGUGAAACGCUUUAAAUGCCACAUCACAUGCAGUAAGCGUAGCUCUCUUCUCUUUUCCCCCUCUCUCUUCACUUUCCCUCCUAAAACCUCUUUAGGAGAGAAAGGCGGCUCAAUGGCGACCACGCCGACGAUGAAUAAGAAGAAGAAGAAGAAGGGGAACCUCCUACGAACGUCCACAAUUCGGCGCCAAUGCAGCCUUCUCCUGAUCUCCUUCUUCUCCGCUAUUUUCGCCGCCGCCGAUCCUAUCGACUACGCCGAUGCCCUGUCGAAGAGCCUCCUCUACUUCGAAGCUCAGAGGUCCGGCCGCCUGCCGCACGGCCAGCGCGUCGCCUGGCGAGGCAGCUCAGGCCUCACGGACGGCCUCGAGCAAGGGGUGGACUUGGUCGGAGGGUACUACGACGCCGGCGACCAUGUGAAAUUCGGCUUGCCGAUGGCGUUCACCGUCACAAUGCUGUCCUGGGCCGCUAUCGAGUACGGCGAAGACAUCUCCGCCGCCGGCGAGCUGGAGCACACUCUGGAGGCGAUCAAAUGGGGGACGGAUUACUUCAUCAAAGCUCAUACCCGACCCAAUGUGCUAUGGGCAGAGGUGGGCGACGGCGACACGGACCACUACUGCUGGCAGCGGCCGGAGGACAUGACGACAUCCCGGCAAGCCUACAAGGUCGACGAGCACAACCCCGGGUCAGAUCUCGCCGGCGAGACGGCGGCCGCUAUGGCCGCCGCCUCGAUAUUGUUCAGGAAAGCCAACCCACAUUACUCCCGCCUGCUCUUGCGCCACGCCCAACAGUUGUUCGAAUUUGGGGACAAAUACAGAGGGAAGUAUGACGGGAGCGUGGGCGUGGUGAAAGACUACUACGCGUCGGUGAGCGGGUACAUGGACGAGCUGUUGUGGGCGGCUCUGUGGCUGUACGAGGCCACCGGCGACGGCGAGUAUUUCAAGUACGUCGUCAACAAGGCUCACUGCUUUGGCGGCAUUGGCUGGGCCAUCACUGAGUUCAGCUGGGAUGUUAAGUAUGCCGGAGUCCAGAUCAUGGUUGCUAAGCUGCUAAUGCAAGACAAGCACAGGGAGCAUAGACACAUCCUAGAGCUGUACCGGGCCAAGGCCGAGUACUACAUCUGCUCAUGCCUCGGCAAAAACACCGCCGGGAACAACGUUGAGCGGACCCCCGGCGGCCUCCUAUACGUCCGGCAGUGGAACAACAUGCAGUACGUGUCAUCGGCGUCGUUCCUUCUCUCGGUAUACUCCCGACUCCUCCAAAAAUCGAACGGGAAACUCCUCCAUUGCCAUGCAGGGGUUGCCAACCCUGAAGACCUCCUGGACCUUGCCAAAGCCCAAGUCGAUUACAUCUUGGGCUCCAACCCAAUGAACAUGAGCUACUUAGUGGGCUUUGGCCCAAGAUACCCCACAAGGGUGCACCACAGAGGGGCAUCCAUUGUGUCAUAUAGAGACAACAAAGCGUUCAUUGGGUGCACCCAAGGGUAUGACAAUUGGUAUAGCCAAGAUGGGCCCAACCCUAAUGUCUUGGUUGGGGCCUUGGUUGGGGGCCCAGAUUGUCAAGACAAGUUCAGUGAUGAAAGGUGGAAUUAUAUGCAGACUGAGGCUUGCACCUACAACACAGCCCCUUUGGUUGGUGUCUUGGCCAUGUUGAAUCAAUUGCAGGGCCGAAGUGUUCAAUAUGAGCCUAAUCUCCCCCUCCUGGUUGCUGCUUCCUAAAGACACCUCAAGUAAAUUGACUUCAUGUCAAAGAGAUGGAUAUAUAUAUAUAUAUAUAUAGCGAGUUUUAGUGGCAAUGAUAUGAUUGCACUUUCAUAAUCGGAGGUAUCAGAUUUAAAUUUAAAUUGUAAACGUCCUCUUUUCCACCUCCCCAAAAAAAAAAAGACAAAGGAAAAGUUUAAAAUCUGGCACUUUUGUCGAACUCUUGCAAAGCGGGGAUGAUGGGGCAUUUGGGAUUUGGGAACGCCCUUUUACUGUAUGUGGCUGAGUUUUCAGUUUUGAGCUCGUAACC